AUGGCAUCUCCGGCUUUCAUACUGUCUGUCUACUUUUCUGCCUGCCCCUUGCUGCUACAAGAGACCCAACAACACACCGGCCCUUUGGCCUCAUCCAGCCAUCCUGGAUCCGGCGUCACCGUUGCAUCUAAAUUCCAAAGCGCAGUGCCAGACACAGCCACGGCCGUAGCCCGUAACGACUCGCCGCCCACACGCAGCAAGACGACGAUGGGACGCCUCCUGGUCGCGCUCAACUGCACGCUGCUCGCCCUUGGUGGCACGGGCGGGCAGCUCCUUAGCCGCCUCUAUUACAUCAACGGUGGCCAGCGGCAGUGGCUCUCCGCGGGGCUCCAGACCGGCGGCUGGCCGCUGCUGCUGAUCCCCCUGGCAGGUUCCUACGCCAGCCGCCGCGCGCGCGACCGGGGCGCUCCCGUCCUGCUCUCCCCGCCGCGCUUUCUGCUGGCCGCUGCGGGGCUCGGCGUCAUCACGGGCGUCGACGACUUCCUCUACGCCUGGGGGCUCGAGUUCCUUCCCGUCUCCACCUCCGCGAUUCUCAUCUCGACGCAGCUCGUGUUCACGGUGCUCUUCUCGUUCCUCAUAGUGCGGCACCGGCUGACGGCGGCGACCGUGAACGCCGUGGCUCUGCUGACGGUGGGCGGCGUCGUGCUGGGGUUGCACGUCUCCUCCGACCGCCCCGAGGGGGUAACCAGGGGCCAGUACUGGCUGGGCUUCGUUCUCACCCUCGGCGCCGCGGCGCUGGGCGGGGUCCUCAUGCCGCUGGUCGAGCUCGCUUACAAGUGCGCCGCGGGCGGCGGCAGAGUCCUGACGUACUCUGUGGCGAUGGAGUUGCAGCUGGUCAUUGGGUUAGUCGCCACCGCGUUCUUCACCGCCGGCAUGAUCGUCAACAAGGACUUCCAGGCGAUCCCAAGUGAGGCGAAGCGCUUCGAGCUGGGGGAGGCCCGGUACUACACGGUGCUGGUGUGGGCGGCCGUGCUGUGGCAGUUCUUCUUCCUGGGCGCCGUGGGGGUCAUCUUCUGCGUGCACACGCUGCUCGCGGGCAUCCUCAUCGCGGUCUUCAUCCCGGUCACCGAGGUGGCCGCCGUGAUCUUCCUGCACGAGAAGUUCAGCAGCGAGAAGGGCGUGGCGCUGGUGCUCUCGCUCUGGGGCCUUGCGUCCUACUCCUACGGCGAGUGGAACGAGGCCAGGGCCAAGAAGAACACCGAGGCCGUAGCGGAGGCCCAGGCCUCUUGAUUCGUGUAAUGUAAUUAAGUCAGUAACUGUGGACGAUGAUGAGAGAGGCUCUGAUGUGUUCCCGUUAUACUCUCUGUACGUAUAUGCUUUGGUUGUGGCCGCGUGGAUGGAGUCGCGUCAGUCAUCAGCAGGAAUGAUCUACAAUCUUCUCUUCUGUAGUUCUGUUCAGUUGUGUGGGCAAUGUUGUACUGCAUCUGCAAGGUGCAUGGAGGAUGGAGGUGCGGUGCUACAGUAGUAUAUUUUGGUUUUUCAAGCAAACAGAUCAUGAAGCUUUAA